AUGGCCGUGAUAUCCCCUGAAAUUUCGCCCGGAGCACAGUCUUCAACCAACAAUUCUUACCCACAGCAGAGACGAGUAGCGUCUGCAUUGGCGCGGGAGCUGGUCGAACGGGCAUACGCCUCUUUAGACAGCAAAUAUGGUUUUUCGACAGCAAGUUGUCAGGUAUAUGAUACUGCUUGGCUAUCUAUGGUCAAGAAGAUGGCGGGCAAAGAGGACAGAUGGCUAUUUCCUGAAUGCUUCCAUUAUCUUCUGCGCACACAGAGUACCGAUGGUAGCUGGGGUAUCGACCCUGUGUCUCAAACCGCUGGCAUCUUAGAUACUGCAGCUGCUCUGCUAGCACUCCUCAAGCACGCCGCAGAACCACUACAAAUCUACGACUACUCCAGUAGCGACCUCGAAAGACGGAUAUUUCUUGCUACUCAGGCCCUCGACAAACAAUUGAAGACUUGGAAUGAUCUAAUAUCUACUAAUCAUAUCGGAGUAGAGCUGAUCGUACCCGCAUUGCUCGAUUAUCUUCAGACAGAAGAUCGGCUGUUGCAGUUUGACUUCAAGGGCCAAGACGUACUUACACAAAUGCAUAAGGAGAAGUCUUCUCGUCUCCGGUUGGACACGCUGUACAGCACGCGUCCAUCGUCAGCUCUACACUCGCUCGAAGCCUUCGUCGGCCGAAUCGACUUCAACAGGGUCUCCCACCACCUCUACAACGGGUCUAUGAUGGCUUCGCCCUCGUCCACGGCCGCGUAUCUAAUACACUCUACUGCCUGGAAUGAUGAAGCGGAGGCCUACCUCCGACAUGUCGUAAAAGCAGGCAUAGGUCAUGGUGACGGUGGAGUCCCAGGAACUUUUCCCAUACAUUAUUUCGAGCUCAACUGGAUCGUAGCAACGUUGUUACACGCUGGAUACACGGCCCUUGAUCUUGGUCCAGUUGUAGAUGAGAUUGGAAGCAUUGUUCGCAAAGGCUUCACUGAAGACGGUGGAGUUAUUGGAUUUGCACCCCGUACUACUGAUGUUGACGACACCGCUAAAGGCCUCCUUACUCUAAGUCUUCUAGGCCGACUCGAUGGGCUUACAGCGGACGCCAUGGUGAAAUUGUUUGAGGAGAAGGAUGCUUUUUGCACAUUUCCCGGUGAGCGCGACCGAAGCUGGAGCUCUAAUUGUCAUGUUCUGCUAGCACUCUUGCAAAAUGACUUCAGAGCUAGGUAUGUAUCGCAGAUCCGUAAGACAGCAGGUUUCAUUACGGAGUUUUGGUGGAGAUCCGACAGAUUUCCCAAAGAUAAAUGGCAUUUGAGUCAUCUCUACCCAGUAAUGUUGAUGGUGCAAGCAUUCGUAGCAUUGCUACGCAGCCUCGACAGCGAUCCUAGCUUGGCUGCCGGAGACCAAGAACUCGUACUGAAAGUUCAAAUAUGCAUCUUCCAGGCCUCCACACGUACUCUAUAUGAACAGGGGCCUGAUGGUUCAUGGGGCCAUUCCUCCGAUGACACUGCUUUCGCUCUCUUAACUCUAGCAGAAGCCCGUCAUCUAUGCACUUUUAAAGACUUCCAAGCCAAACUACAAAGCGCUAUUGACCAUGGAAUCGCUUAUCUGGACAUGCGUGGUACACACGCACUCUCGAGCUCAUGGACAUCUAAGACCAAGUACUCUGUGAAGUUUGUCUCAGAAGCCUACGUUCUGGCUGCAUACAAGCUCUCACGACCGAUCGCAAGAUUUGAAGAUGUUGGUCGAUCCUUAUACCCCGACUCUGAUAUGCAACAGUUGAGCCCUUAUUUAUCGCUUCUAAAGCGGACAAAUCUAUUCUCCUCCGUGCCAGACUGGCAACUGCAGGCUUCAUUAGUAGAAUCCUCACUCUUUACACCACUCUUGAGAGCUCGACGGCUAGAUGUCUUCGCACGGGACGAUAACACCCGCAUAAGCAAAGACCACUAUCUACAUCUCAUCCCAUUUACAUGGAUUGGUUGCAACAACUUGUCGAAAGUCUAUGCCCCUAAUGACUUCCUAUUUGAUAUGAUGAUUAUAUCGUUACUUGGCUAUCAAACCGACGAGUUUUUUGAGGCUAUUGCUGCGCCAGCGUUCUCGGACAAUCCAGGCUUGUUGAAUUCCGUCAUCAGUCACGUCGUGAGUAGUACUUUAGAGAAGGAACCGCAGAAGUCGCAGACCUCGUUUCCUCCCAGCAUUUCCAAUACAUCAUCGGAGCAUUGCAAGAUAUAUGAAUCUCUCUCACAUCUUGCUAGACACGUGCUACACCAUGAUCGCAUCCAAAAUGCAAGUGUGGUAGAUCGCAAGAAUCUAGAGUUAGAGUUCAGAAAUUUUUUGCUUGCACACGCGAAACAAGCAAAGGACAACAUGGCAUUCGCCUUGCAAGCGAACAAUUCAGGUCAUCUAUACAUAACUGAACAGCCAUUCUUCCACUGGGUGCGAACGACAGCCGCCGACCAUGUCGCUUGUGCCUACUCUUUCGCCUGGGCUUGCUGUUGGGUGUCACAAACCAUCGGAGAUGGAACUGAGACGUUCGCAACACCAACAGAGAAAUACCUCGCAGCCGCAAUGUCUCGACAUAUGACCACCAUGUGUCGUAUGUAUAACGAUAUCGGCUCAAUGACAAGGGACGCAACCGAACUGAACGUUAACUCCAUCCAUUUUCCAGAGUUUUGCAGUAUGGCCACUGAAAAUCCAGCAGCGAAGAAACAGGCGCUCACCUCAAUGGCAGAGUAUGAGCAAUCUUGCUACAAGCACAGCUUUCAUUUACUCGAGAAGGAAGUGCUCCACGUGUAUCCUGAUGAUUCGGAAACAGCUUUCAGCCGUCGCAAGCUACGCAUUGUGCAGCUCUUUGGCAAUGUUACAGUUUUAUAUGAUCAGCUGUAUGUACUCCGGGACUUAUCGAGCCGUGUUGGGUCUCGUUAA